AAUGUUACAGAACACAAUUUGUUUUAUACAUUAGGAGAAUUUUGUAUCCAAUGUUAAACCAGAAAGUGUAAGACUUAGUGAGAACGCGUGGUGGCGCUGCAGGUUAAAUGAUGGAAAAUGGAAUUGACUGCGCAGCUCGGAUAUCCAAACAGUUUCUCACUGCCGGGAGGGAAGCUAAAGAAUAGCCUUCUCAGCCAGAGCAAAAGUGAGUGUGAAACCUCCUAAAAACUCUAUUUCCGGCAUCGUUUUGCCGUUCUGGACCGUGGGAACGGGCUGCCAGGAUCUUGGGCGUGCAUACCUGAAGCUCCUGUGAGCGAAAUUGUCAGAAACAGCAAUGGAGAUUGGAUGGAUGCGCAAUCGGAGACAAAGGCAAGUCCUUGUUUUCUUUGUUUUGCUGAGCAUGUCUGGGGUGUGCGCCGAUUUAGGGCCCUAUUCAGUGAUGGAAGAAACAGAGAGGGGAUUCUUUGUGGGAAAUCUAGGAAAAGAUCUGGGAUUGGGGUUGACGGAGAUGUCCAGCCGUGGGGCCCGGAUCAUUUCUCAGGGGCAAAAAGAGCAUUUGCAGCUCAAGGUUCAGACUGGGGAUUUGCUCAUAAAUGAGAAGCUAGACCGAGAGGAGCUAUGCGGUUCCACCGAGCCUUGUGUCCUACAUUUCCAAGUGCUUAUGGAAAAUCCCUUAGAGAUAUUUCAGGCUGAACUAAGGGUGGAAGACAUAAAUGACCACUCUCCCGUGUUCACUGAAAGAGAAAUGAUUCUAAAAAUACCGGAAAACAGUCCUCUAGGCAUGGCAUUCCCUCUGAGUAAUGCUCUGGACUUGGACGUAGGAAGCAACAGUGUUCAGAACUAUAAAAUCAGUCCCAACCCCCAUUUUCAAGUUUUAACCCAGAAUCGCAGCGAUGGCAGAAAAUACACGGAGCUGGUGUUGGACAAAGAGCUGGAUCGGGAGGAGGAGCCUGAAAUCGUAUUAACCCUCACAGCGCUGGAUGGCGGCUCUCCGCCUCGGUAUGGGACCGCCCUGGUGCGCAUUGAAGUGGUGGACAUCAACGAUAAUGCCCCUGAGUUUGGGCAGCCGCUCUACCAGGUGCAUAUUCCCGAGAACAGCAACGCAGGCUCCCUGGUCAUCACGCUCUCUGCUAGAGAUAUAGACAGCGGAGCCAAUGGAAAAAUAGUAUACUCACUCUUUCAGCCCUCAGAAGAUAUUAGCAAAACUUUGGAGGUAAAUCCUAUGACAGGAGAAAUUCGACUGAUAAAACAAGUGGAUUUUGAAACAGUUCCAUCUUAUGAAGUGGACAUCAAGGCUACAGAUGGGGGAGGUCUUUCAGGAAAAUGCACUCUUCUCCUGCAGGUGGUGGAUGUCAAUGACAAUGCCCCAGAAGUGACCGUGUCUGCACUGACCAGCCCCAUCCCAGAGAACUCGCCUGAGACUGUAGUUGCUGUUUUCAGUGUUUCGGAUCCUGACUCUGGAGACAAUGGGAAGACUAUUUCCACCAUCCAGGAUGACCUUCCUUUUCUUCUAAAACCUUCAGUCAAGAAUUUUUACACAUUGGUAACGAAGAGAGCACUCGACAGAGAAGAGCGAGCCGAGUACAACAUCACCAUCACUGUCACCGACAUGGGGACCCCCAGACUGGAAACCCAGCACAACAUCACCCUGCUGGUCUCCGACGUCAACGACAACGCCCCCGCCUUCACCCAAACCUCCUACACCCUGUUCCUCCGCGAGAACAACAGCCCCGCCCUGCACAUCGGCAGCGUCAGCGCCACAGACAGAGACGCGGGCGCCAACGCCCAGCUCACCUACUCGCUGCUGCCGCCCCACGACCCGCAGCUGCCCCUGGCCUCGCUGGUGUCCAUCAACGCGGACAACGGCCACCUGUUCGCCCUGAGGGCGCUGGACUUCGAGGCGCUGCAGGCGUUCGAGUUCCGCGUGGGCGACGCGGCCAAGCACAGGCUGCUGGUGCUGGUCAAGGACAAUGGCGAGCCCGCGCUGUCUGCCAGCGUCACGCUGCACGUGCUGCUGGUGGAUGGCUUCUCGCAGCCCUACCUGCCGCUGCCGGAAGUGGCGGCCGACCAGGCGCAGGCCGACCCGCUGACCGUGUACCUGGUCAUCGCGUUGGCGUCGGUGUCGUCGCUGUUCCUGUUCUCGGUGCUGGCGUUCAUCGCGGUGCGGCUGUGCAGGCGGAGCAGGGCCGCCUGGGUGGGUGGCUGUUCGGCGCCUGAGGGACACUUUCCGGGCCACCUGGUGGAUGUUACGGGUACUGGGACCCUGUCCCAGAGCUACCAGUAUGAAGUGUGUCUCACGGGAGGUACUGGGACAGAUGAGUUUAAAUUUCUGAAGCCGAUUAUUCCCAAUCUUCCAGUCCAUGACGCUGGUAAGAAUAUAGAGGAAAAUGAGAACUUUAGGAAUAGCUUUGGAUUCAAUAUCCAAUAAAUUUUUUAAUUUUAAUUUAUUAUUCUUGGAAUACUGAGGUAUGUCAGAGGGGAGGUUCAGGGACCAGUAUAAUUUGCUAAAACUAGUUAUCCCCAAUCUCAAAUCCCAGAACAUGUGGGUAGUGG